CUCAGAUAUCAGAGCCUGUCAGCAGCUGAGCAGGGGGAGCUGGGACUGAGAGAAGCCAGAGCUGAAGCAGCUCCUGAAGAAUAAUCUAUCCACUGAGUGUCCAGAACAGCUGGAUCAAAAUGAAGACAUCAAAAGUGACAAAUGGAACCGCCUCCGGGGAGGAAGGCCAUGUCACAAUAUUGAAUUCACAAGCAAGCGGCCCCAGGAAGGCUAGAGCUGGCACUAAAAGGAAAUCCAAAACAGCCGGGGUGAUGAUAACUCAGUUCACUGAAGAUAUCCCCAAAGGAUGCAGCACGCCGGACUUUGAACGCAAACCCAUCCCCUUAACAAUACAAGAAGGUAAAACAGCCACAUUUAAAGCAGUGCCCAGUGGGGAACCCAAGCCUGAGGUGACCUGGAGGAGGGCUAAGGGAGAUAUGGAUGACCCUAAAAAGUUCAAAUUCACUUACGACAAAGCCCUGAAUGAGUACUGUUUACAGGUGAUCAAAGCUAACGGAGACGAUGCCGAUACCUAUAGAUGCUAUGCCAGCAAUGAGUACGGAGAGGCGGUGUGCUCUGUGACGCUGAUUAUUAUUGAACUUGGGCUUAAGAAGAAGACUAAACCCGAGACUAAUAAAGAUGGAAGCAAGGACCCUACAGAGUUCAGAAAGCUGUUGAAGAAAACGACUGGUGCCAGGGUCAAACAGGAGAAGAUGUCAGAGGAAAAGAUGUGGGAGCUCCUGAUGAGUGCAGAUAAGAAGGACUACGAGCGGAUCUGCAUGGAGUACGGCUACACAGACUUCCGCGGCAUGCUCAAAAAACUGACACAGAUGAAGAAGGAGAGAGAGGAAGAGCAGGCCAAGUACAUUGAUGCCAUCAGUAACCUAAGACAUAUCCAAGUAACCAGUGAAGGCUCGGCGGAGUUUGAAAUUGAGAUGGAGCUCAAAGAUCUCAACAGCAGGAUAUUUCUGUACAAGGAUGGGGUCAUGAUUCCUUUCAGCACCGAUAUGGAGAUGAAGCACAACCUGAAAAGGUGGGGCAAAAAGUACAUCUUCUCUAUCAACAGCCUAAUGCCAGAAGAUGCAGGGUUAUACCAGGUGGACGUGGAGGAUACCAAUGUCUUCUCCACUAACCUGCCGACAAAGUUUAUACCUGUGAACUUUGCGAGUCCUCUGAAGGAGGUGAAGUGCAAAGAGCGUGAUGACGUCAUGUUUGAGUGCAUUAUCACCCACCCCCUCCCCAGACUGGUCUGGAUGUUCAAGAACAAUCCCCUCGAGGCAGGGGAGAAGUUUCAGUUUGCAGUGUCGGAGGACAAGCUCACUCACAGGAUGGUGGUGAAGGACGUCAUGCCUGUAGACAAGGGUAUCUACUCAGUGGCGGCUGGCAUUCGUUCCUCUAGCGCCUGGCUCCUGGUGGAAACUGAAGAAAGUGUGGACCCGAGUAUCCAAGGCAAGAAGAAGCCAAAAAAAGGCCAGGCGAUUGAUAUAAAUGCAGGGCUUACGAACCAGCCAGUCGAUGGGAACCUUAAUAACUUCUUGAAGUCUCUCGGGGAUGGGUCUGGGUCUGGUGAUGGUGCAGGGUUAGGGUCUGGGGGCCAGAAUAGCACAGAUGGACUAGAUGACAGUGGCGGAUUGAGAAAGGGGGGUGCUGGGAUGGGUGGCAAAGGGGGUUUAGGAGACGGGCAAGGUGGUCAAGGAGGAAUGGGAGAUGGGAAAGGAGAAAUGGGGGAUGGGAAAGGAGGAAUGGGGGGUGGGAAAGGAGGACUGGGGGGUGGGAAAGGAGGACAGGCAGGGUUAGGAGAUGGACAGGGUGGCCUUGGAGGCAAGGUUGGGCAGGGGAGGCUAGGAGAUGGAAAGGACGGCCUUGGAGGCAAGGGUGGGCAAGGGGGGCUAGGAGAUGGAAAGGGCGGCCUUGGAGGCAAGGGUGGACAGGGGGGGCUAGGAGAUGGACAGGGUGGCCUUGGAGGCAAGGGUGGACAAGUGGGGCUAGGAGAUGGACAGGGUGGCCUUGGAGGCAAGGGUGGACAAGUGGGGCUAGGAGAUGGACAGGGCGGGCUAGGAGAUGGACAGGGCAGCCUUGGAGGGAAGGGUGGGCUAGGAGAUGGACAGGGUGGCCUUGGAGGGAAGGAUGGGAAGGGGGGGCUAGGAGAUGGACAGGGCAGCCUUGGAGGGAAGGAUGGGAAGGGGGGGCUAGGAGAUGGACAGGGCAGCCUUGGAGACAAGGGUGGACAGGGGGGGCUAGGAGAUGGAAAGGGUGGCCUUGGAGUCAAGGGUGGACAGGGGGGGCUAGGAGAUGGACAGGGUGGCCUUGGAGUCAAGGGUGGACAGGGGGGGCUAGGAGAUGGACAGGGUGGCCUUGGAGGCAAGGGUGGACAGGGGGGGCUAGGAGAUGGACAGGGUGGCCUUGGAGGCAAGGGUGGGCAGGGGGGGCUAGGAGGCAUUGGGGAAGGCUCAGGCGCAAAUGCCAGGAGCGGGAUGGGUGAUGGUUCAGGCCUUGGCAAAGGAGGAGCUGGAGGUUUAGGUGUGGAUGGAACAGGCUCUGGGCUGGAUGGAUCUGGGUUAUCUGGAGAUGGGACAGGCCAGGGUGGUCUUGGGGGGUCUGGAGGCUCUGGAUCAGGAGGAAAGGAUGGAUCAGGCCUGGAUGGCAGCAGACCUUCAGAUGACCAGAACAGGAAAAACAGGCGAGCAGGACGCGGCCCACUGAUUGAAGAUACCAUCACCGAGCCGGUGGCCCAUUUCACCAGAGGGCUUUUUGAUAUCCAAGCUCGAAAGGGCCACUCAGCCGAGCUGGCUUGUACUUUGAGCAAUGCAGAGUCAGAUGGUACUUGGUUUAAAGAUGGUGUAAAACUGCAGUCCUGUGAAGGGUUGACCAUCUGUAAAGACGGCUCCGCCCACAAGCUGGUCUUCUCUAACGUCCAAGACUCAGACGCGGGAAAGUAUCGCUUUGAGGCUGAGGGACACAAAACUGAAUCACAUGUCGUUGUGGCAGACCCUCCGGAGAUUGACAUGGAAGAGCUGGCUCGACUGGCAAAGGAGCCCCUGGUGGUGAAGGCGGGGCAAAAUGCUGUGAUCAAGGUGCCUUUUGGGGGCCGGCCACCCAUCAAGGUGUCCUGGUACAAGGACGCAGACGAGCUGUCAGAAGACAACCGCACAGUCGUGGAGAAGGGGCCCAACCACACCCGCCUGCUCAUCGGCAAGUGCCAGCGCAAGGACUCUGGCGAGCUCAGACUCAAGCUGAAGAAUGAAAGUGGCACCAUUGAGGCUGUCACUAAGCUCAUUGUCCUAGACAAGCCUUCGCCCCCCCAGGGCCCAGUGGAAGUGCUGGACAGCUCCGCUAAUCGCAUCGAGAUCAAAUGGCGGCCCCCUCGGGACAACGGCGGGAAACCCAUUGAGAAGUAUACCCUGGAGAGGCAGCAGGUGGGACGCAACACCUGGAUGAAGAUGGGCGAAGUCCCUGGUGACACGACCACCUUCGCCACAGACAAGGUGGAGCACGGCAAGAAAUACUGCUUCCGAAUUCAGGCCACCAGCACUGAGGGGAUCAGCGAUGUCCUGGAGACUGACGACAUCACUGCCGGGACCAAAGCCUUCCCCGGACCUCCUGCCCCACCGAAGGUAGUUGCUACCUCUUGCAAAUCUAUCACUCUGUCCUGGUCUCCCCCGCACAACACCGGAGGCUCCCGAAUUGCUUGCUACAUCCUGGAAAAGCGGAAAAAGGGGAGCAGCAUCUGGUCAGCUGCCACAGAUGAGCCCAUUAAAGGCUUGAAGCACACAGUGAUUGAUGUUGUGGAAGGGUUGCAGUAUGAGUUCCGCGUGGCAGCGGUCAAUGUCUCUGGGACGGGCGAGCCCAGCGUCCCCUCUGACUUUGCCUUUGCCCGGGACCCCAUGAAGCCACCAGGCACGGUGAAAGACUUCAAAGUGACCGACUCGACAUACAGCACCCUGUCUCUGUCCUGGACCAAGCCCAGCACCGAUGAGGGCGAUGAGGCUAAGGGCUACUAUGUGGAAGUGAAGCCUGAGGACAGUGGCACCUGGCUGCGUUACAACUCGUCUCCCACCAACACCACCUCAUACACCCUCAAGGGGCUCAAGUCCAUGCAGAUUUACUUUGUGCGGGUGAUUGGUGUCAAUGACGGAGGGCUAGGGGAGCCCAAAGAACUGGAUAACUACAUCCUUGCUAUGCCACCACCAGUGAGACCGUGCUUCCACAAUGAAUCCAGCCUCAAGAGCUUCAUGGCGGUAAAGGCAGGCAACACUAUUCGGGUUAACAUUAACUUCGAGGCCUCCCCGAUUCCAGACGUGAUCUGGCUGAAAGAUGGCUCUUCCUUGUCCAAGCGAGCCACGAUCACCAACGCAGAUGGACUGUCCCAGCUCCUGAUCCCCACAUCCGAGCGCUCCGACUCAGGGGUCUACACCAUCAUGGUUAAGAACUACUUCGGCCAGGAGUGCUUCAGCUUUGAGAUUUGCGUUACAGACGACCCAAAGCCUCCAGGUCCGGUUGAGCUGGAUGAGAAGGUCCCGGGCACGGUGACAAUAUCCUGGGAGCCCUCUCCAGAUGAAAAGCGGGAUGAGCGGCUGCACUACCUGGUGAUGAAGCGGGAUUCCAGCAAACCGUCCUGGCACACGGUGGCAGACAACAUCUUCAACAACAAGUUCACAGCGGUCAUCGUGAGCGGCCGCCAGUAUUACUUCAGGGUCUUUGCCAAGAACGACAUGGGCAUCAGCAAAGCCUCCGACUCCCCGGCCUGGGGCAUCACCAAGCAAAAAGAAAAAUUUACAGUGAAGAUGCCCAACUACAAGCAGACUGAUCCAAGGCAGGCCCCAAAGUUUACCGUACGGCUGAAGAACCACACAGUGCCGCGUGGGUACCCGUGCAACAUGAGCUGUGCCGUGAAGGGCAACCCAGCACCAAUUGUCACCUGGUAUCGCAACAACAUCAGCAUCAUGGAGAACGCGCAGUACUACACUUCAAACGUCUACGGAGUCUGCUCCAUGCUUAUCACCAACGUCAGCCCCAAAGACAGUGGCGAAUACAGCGCCAUAGCUGAGAAUUGCAUGGGCAGAGCUGAGUGCACCACCAGACUCAACGUUACAGAAUAAAACUGCAGCAGUACGGUAGAGAACUGGUCUGCUUCCUUUCUGCGCUCUCUUUUCUAACUAUACCAUUUCCCGAAAUUCCUGCAAAGCUUUAGUUUUCUGUAGAAAGAAGUAAUCAACUAAAUGCAAAUGAUUUAUGUAUAUAUUUUAACACUUGCUCAUGUGUGAUACUGUAUGUACAAUGUAAUAAAAUUAUGAAUUAGCCAUGCAUGUGUUGGAGGCGUGUGAAGUUUGGUUGCAGAUGAGACAGAUUUCAAUUGGCACCAUCUGUGCACGAUAAGUAUAUGAUGAAGUAUUUACAAGCUGAUGAGUUCUCAAUAGUUAGGUAUUUCGUGCAUACAGGAAAUCUCUUGCAAGAGACUAUUCAAAAUCUGCGUGCCUUACUGCAGUUGCUUUCUAGCAUUAAAUGCAUGACUAAAUUGUAUUUUUUUAACUUUACAUUUAUGAAAAUGUGCACAUAAAUUGUGCAAAAUGAGAAUAAUUUGGAGAUCUACAAUGAUCAUGAACCAUUUAUGGAUUUUUUCAGGUUUUACCUUUUUGACUCACAAGGAAUAAAGUUAACAGGUUCUUACUCUGACUAGAUACCAGAACUAAACCUUAGAUGAGUCUGACACUGUACCUUGGCACAUGCAAGUUCAGUUCUAUGCAUAUGUUUCCACUGUACUCUCUGUGGACACUUUUGGCUAUUUGCACUGCUGGCUUCAGUAGUGGAGAUGGCGUUUGGGGCUCCAGGUAGGUGAACAGUAAACCAGGGGCACCACAAGCAAGUCUCUGGGCUGAGCCAUGGUAUCUAGAAAACAGUCUUUUGCUUCAAGUUUUAAACACCUGGUAUGAUUGUCUUUACCUUUUGUUACAUACCCAUCAAAACAUACAUGUAAAGUGCUGAUUUAGGGGUCCCCGAGUGGCUCACCUGGUAGAAGCACAGCCAUGUGGUGCGCAGGGUGAAUCAUACAACGCAGGUUCACGUCUUCGCUGGGGACUCCGAAGCGAGCGUCGCAUUGGCUCUGGCGAUCCCGUGGGUUAGGGAGGUAAAACCUGCAGGGACUGGUUCUCCUCAUCGUUCUACAGCAAACACUGCUGGCAGCCGCCCAGUGUGCUCCGAGCGGACACCUGCAGGGCUGGCCUUUGUCCUCCAGAGGUCAGUAGCUCGCUAACAUUCGCUCUCGAGUUUCUGAGUGAAACAGGAAGCUGGCUUGGUUGUGGGAUCGGAGGACGCCAACUGAAUCGUUGUGUCUCCUAAGCCAUGUGGAGAAUUGCUGCGGUGAGGAGAAAAGCGACUGAGCAUUCCAAAUUUGGAGAAAAUCGGAGGAAAAAUUAUAAUUGGACACACUAAAUUUAAAAAAAAGAAAGUGCUGAUUUAACCACUAUAGCGGAAAUUGCAAACAAAUAUUUUUAAAUAUGCUUUGAGUUUUCAUAUAAUAUCAGAAUGAAUUUCUUUUGAAAUUAAUUGUGUUGUGUACAAUAUUUUGCUCACCUUUUUACGUAGUUAAUUUAUUAAUGUAUGUAAUUUUAUUUAUUUUUAGGAGCAGUUGAUCUAGAAUAGAUUCCAUCAGAUUGCAUCCCUGUUUUCUGUUUUUGUGCAGUGCCUGACAGCUGGAGUGACGCUUCUGAUUGUUAAACUUGGAUGUUAAUGAAUUAAACAACGGUACAUCGAUGACUUAUCAGUGCAAA